CCACCAUGGUAAUCCCAUCAAAAGUUCACGUUGCUCUCCUCGCUAGCCCGGGCUUAGGCCAUUUGAUCCCUACAGUGGAGUUGGCCAAGUGCCUGGCGGCUAAACAUGGCGUCACCAUCACUGUGUUUGCUGUCAUUCCUGAGGACACUCCUGUGCAAGAUGAGCUUCUCCGUUCUGCCACUUCCUUGUGGCCUGAGCUCAUCAACACUGUCGUCCUCCCUAGUGAGAAAGACUUUCCAUCAGAUGUAGGCGUUGUCCCUCGCAUGUUGGCAAUGGUUAGGAGUACCUUCCCUGCCUUACGGUCCUCAAUCAAUGGCAUGGUGAACAAACCCGUAGCCUUGAUUGUCGACUAUUUUAGUACUGAGGCAAUUGAAGCAAUCGCGCAGGAGCUCAACAUGUUGAAGUACGUGUUCAUUGCUACUAAUGCGAGGUGCUUGUACUAUAAUUUUUAUCUUCCGUACGUGAAGAAAGAGGCGAACCGGGAUGAACCAAUCUAUGCUCCUGAGAGUGAACCAAUCAUGGAUGAUGGUCAAUUUAAAUUGGUCCUUUCCCUCGCGGACCAGACCAUCAAAGAAUUAGUCCGUGUAGCGUCACACAUGGCAGCCGCUGAUGGCAUUUUGGUGAACACAUGGGAGGAUCUUGAGGCCAAGACACUUAAUUUAUUCAAGGAAGAAAGGUUCAUGAAGCAUAUUUCUAGAACCCCAGUUCAUCCAAUAGGACCGUUGGUUCGAGCAGGUGAACCAACAGGUUCAAAACCCGAGUUAAUGAAGUGGCUAGACCGUCAACCAAAUAAGUCUGUUGUUUAUGUUUCAUUUGGGAGUGGCGGAACAUUAUCAGCGCAACAGACUAUUGAAUUAGCCUUGGGUUUAGAGUUGAGCGAGCAGCGAUUCAUUUGGGUGGUUCGACCUCCUAUAGAAAAUGAUAGCUGUGCUUCUCUGUUUAAGUCCAAACAUAGUGAUGAGGACGAGCUCUUCGAGUACCUACCAGACGGGUUUUUGAAUCGAACUCGCAAUGUGGGCUUCGUGGUACCAAUGUGGGCCCCACAGGAGGAGAUCCUGACCCAUGGAUCAGUAGGUGCGUUUGUUAGUCAUUGUGGGUGGAACUCGUCACAAGAGAGUAUUGUGAAUGGGGUGCCUAUAAUCACUUGGCCUUUGUAUGCGGAGCAGCAUUUGAAUGCUGUUUUGCUUACAAAAGAAUUUGGGAUUGCGGUCGGACCUCAGGAGGAUCCUAGCAAGGAGCUGGUGAAAAGAGAUGAGAUUGCGAAAAUGGUGCGAAGGGUGAUGGUGAACGAAGAAGGGAUAGGCAUAAGAACAAGGGUUAAUGAGUUUAAAGCAAGUGCAAAAGAAGCCUUAAGUGAGGGUGGUACUUCCUACAUUUCACUCUCCAAGGUAGUUGAGAAAUUUGUGAUAUGAAAACAUUGUUAUGUGAAUGUGAUGUUAAGUGUAGUACUUAAAGAGUUAAGAAGGCUAUAUGAUUUAUAUCAUGUCUAUCAUCGAUGCACCAAAGUAAUAAAAUAUAA